GGAUGGAGAGGGCGCAGUGAAGGCUGAGAGAGCGGCUGGCCGUGUGUAGGAGGAGACGGAGGGAGACCGGGCAGUUUAAAGGGACGGGGCGCCAGCAGCGGCGCGCCGGCUCCAUGAGCGGCUCCUGCCGGGCGAGAGCGCGCACAGCCCCGCCGGAGCGCGGCCACUGCCGCGGCUAGAAGCCCCGGGCCACGGGACCGCGCUCACUUUGGAAGUUUUGAUGCAUAUGAUCACAACCACCAUGAUUUUUAUGAUUCUCGGUGCUUCAGUUGUAAUGGCGAUAGCCUGUUUAAUGGACAUGAACGCACUACUGGAUCGCUUUCACAACUACAUCUUACCGCAUCUACGAGGGGAGGACCGCGUCUGUCACUGCAACUGUGGAAGGCAUCAUGUCCACUAUGUAAUCCCGUACGAUGGGGACCAUUCCUUGGUGGACUCUUCAGAGAACUACUUUGUGAGUGACAGUGUGACCAAGCAGGAGAUGGACUUGAUGCUGGGGCUGCUCUUGGGUUUCUGCAUCAGCUGGCUGCUGCUGUGGCUGGACGGAGUCCUACACUGCGCCGUCAGGGCCUGGAGGGCGAGCCGGUACUACGAUACUCCGUCCUGGUCGUGGCUACCGCAGUUCUGCAAUCUUCGAGACCUCCGUCGCCGAGCCCAGCUCAGACAGCUGGAGGACUCCAGCGGCAACAUGGUCCACAUCAAGCAGAAGCUGUACCACAACGGCCACCCCAGCCCACGACACCUCUGACUCUGAAAAACAACCAAUGAAAAAAAAUAGCAACCAGAAGAAAGUAAAAGUUAACUUAGAUGUCCAAAAUCCCUCUAAAAACCUUGUUCUCCCCUCCUCCUUUCCAAAACACCAAACCUCUUCUCCCCUCCCGCCCCCAAACUGGUCCAUGGUCAAAUGUUGCCUCAGAGACUCUGGAAAACUGCCCUUCUGCUGGUCAUGACAUGCCCCCGGUACCCUCUUCUGACAGGACCUUCUUUUGACUAAACCCUGUCGCUGUCAGCACUUAAAAAAACAAAAAAAACAACAAAAAAUAAUCCUAAAAUGGAACAAGAUGACAAUUAUUUGUUGCCACUGAAAUCUUAAGUCUCUGUCCACCUGUAGGACAAAGAGUGUGUGGUGGUGGUGGUG